GUCUGCAAAGGAAAACAGCUGUCUCUCAUUGCAGUUAAGUGCAACUCAGAAAAGGCCUCUGCAAGCGGCACGUUUCACAGAGCAGAGAGGUGCCAGCCGCCAUGCCAGGUGUUUUCACAUGGACCACAAGAGCUUCAUCUGGACUGCGGCUGGUUGGUAAUCCGAAACGCAGCUCCUUUCAUCUUCUGGGUCUUUCAUGGAAACACUAUCUGUCUGAGGCGCCCACUGGAUUCCAUUACCCUUCAUUCAGCAGAGCAGCUGGGGGCAAGUGAGCCAGAUCCAGUUACAGCAAGAAAAUCUUGGUAACGACGGAGCGUGUUGAGAGGCAGCUGUAUUGUGGAUAAGUAACGGUCACCAUGGUUGCCACGAGUAAAUUAAAGAUUAAAAACACGGAGGGUGUUUCGGAGCUGGUUGGAAGGCGGUACGACCAGGUGUGCAUCGAGAAAGAGUUGGAUUUCUGGGAUCACUGCAUGACCGAGCCCCAUGCAGACGUAACGGAGAACAGAAGCUGCCACCAGUUGGCUAAGAUGUUUGAAAACUGCCUGUCCCGGGCCAAGAAAACGACGUUGCACUGCUCCUCUGUUCUGGUACCAGAGAAGCUGACCCGGAGGAUAGCCCGCGAGGUUCUCCAGCUGGCGUCCUGCGAGCCCUGCGGCCUGCGCGGCUGCGUCCUGUACGUCCACCUGGAGCUGGAGAAGGGCUGGAAGCAGCUGGAGCGCAUUGCAUGCGAUGCCUCAGUGGUUCCCACGUUUGAGCUGACUCUUGUGUUCAAGCAGGACAGUUCGGCAUGGCCCAGCCUGCGGGACUUCCUCUUAAUGGGCUCGUGCUUCGGCCCAACCUUCAGGCACGUCAUCAAACUGAGUCCAGGUUUCCGUCUGGUCAAGAAAAAACUGUACUCCUCCUCGGCUGGCACUGUGAUAGAGAAGUGUUGAACUGUGUUGGAAGUGAGAAAGUCUCCCUGCUGUGAAAUGCACUUAAAAACUACAAGUGAGACCAAAGCGGUGUCACGUUUUCAGCUCUUUUGUACAAGUUUGUCACUGUAAGGUUAGGAUUUUAAAUGCUAAACAAACCAGAUAUUUCUGACUUCAGCUUCAUAGUCCUUAAAAAUGCCCUCUUUUUCUUAGAGCAGUUCCUCACUCAAGCACAAUUUUACAAUUUACCUUUUCAAAAUGAAUUGUAAAAGUGUUCACAUUGACAUGUUUGCAAGAAACUCUUCUGUUAAAGGCACUAGCCACUUUGUAGAUGCAUCUGUGUUUCCAGAUGCUUUGAAUGUUAAGCUGCAGUAACACAAUGGGAGGUUUUCUUCCAAGAAAUAAAAGCACAGUUUUGCAGUUUGAGAGCAAGGCAAUUGUUUUCAUGCUCAGAUAUUGCAGUGCUCUCACUCAGAACUCUGCUAAAAAAAACAAAACAAAAAACUUGUAAGCAUACGCACGUUCUGCUCUCACUCAGUAUGUUGGGGUUGUUAAGAUUUGAUGCCUCUUAAAUCCUGCAGUAUAUGCUUGAACCUUUGCUCUCUGGUGCUUUUCCUCUAAGCACCAGACAGAACGCUAAUUACAUCUUUUGGAAUAAUUAGCGUUCUGUCCAGUUCCAACCAAAAUAAUAUUGUGGCUUCGACAUAAAAAGCCUUCUUUAGGAUGUGUGUAACAUAGUUGAGUCCAAAUUUUACCCACAAGCAGAGUACUUUUUUUUGAGCAAGAGGCAAUACAUUUCAUUGCAGAAAAAAAACUGAUUCAAGGACAAGCAGAGAGGGGCAUUUUCCCCCCAGAGUCAGCAAAGUUGUGGGUGAGAGCAAUAGAGUAAUUUCAUGAAUCUGAGGGGAAAAUUGAUUGAAAAUGUGCUCCUAGACUUCUGAAUGGAAGAAUUCCCAUUAAAGAUGUCCAGGCUUGACUUGCAGACCAUUGUGUGGUCUUUAGGCAGCCAUAUGCAUCUAGUUGUGAUGAAGUGCAAACAUUAAGAGCUGUGAAGAUGCUGUUAUGGGGGAGCUUGUCACACUUGGGAAUGUGGAGGCCUUUACUCGUACAACUGUCUGUCCUGCACUCGAAUCACAGCAAUGGGCUGUUCUGUGUGAAUGUUUUAAUGCAUUUUUAUUUUUAUACUGACAGAUGCACCUUUACAGAGCAAGAGUCUUUAUGUACAAUUAAAAGUUUGGUUCACUCAGUGUUGGAGGCUCAUCUAUUUUUAAUUGUGUACUUUGGUUUAUGACAUUCUUUUUCUUUUAAUCCUUAUUUAUUGUGCAAGGCAAGUACUUGUCCAUUAGCCAAUAAAAUAUUUUUUAAUUUU